UGGAGGGCUGGCGGCGGCGGCAGCGGGGCUGCCAUGGCUCGGCCUCCGGGUCCAGAGCACCGACUCCCACCUCUCCCCUCCUGGCCUGCCCCCCAUGCCUGGCAGACCUUUGCCUUUGCCGGGGCUCCCGCCUGACCAGCCUCCCCUCCCCGUCUGGUUGGGAUCUGGGGGCUGAGCCGUCUGGGGUCCCAGGGCCAAUGCAGUGCCGGCUCCUCCGGGGCCUGGCUGGAGUCCUCCUCACCCUUCUGUGCAUGGGGCUCCUCUCCCUACGGUACUACUCAAGCCCAUCCCCGCAGGGCGUGCCGGAGACCCCCGGGCUGAGCCCGCCAAGCCCUCGGCCCCCCGAGCUGCAGCUGCACGAUGUCUUCAUCGCAGUCAAGACAACCCGGGCCUUCCACCGCUCCCGCCUGGAGCUGCUGCUCGACACGUGGGUCUCCAGGACCAGGGAACAGACGUUCAUCUUCACCGACAGCCUGGAUGAAGGCCUCCAGGAGAGACUGGGGUCCCACCUCGUGGUCACCAACUGCUCUGCAGAGCACAGCCACCCUGCCCUGUCCUGCAAGAUGGCUGCUGAGUUUGAUGCCUUCUUGGCCAGCGGACUGAGGUGGUUCUGUCAUGUGGAUGACGACAACUAUCUGAACCCGAGGGCGCUGCUGAAGCUGCUAAAAACCUUUCCGUGGACCCGCGACGUCUACAUCGGCCGGCCCAGCCUGAACCGGCCUAUCCACGCUUCUGAGCCGCAGCCCAACAACCGCACGAGGCUGGUACAGUUCUGGUUUGCCACCGGGGGCGCCGGCUUCUGCAUCAACCGCAAACUGGCUUUGAAGAUGGCCCCAUGGGCCAGUGGCCCCCGCUUCGUGGACACGUCUGCCCUCAUCCGGCUGCCUGACGACUGCACUGUGGGCUACAUCGUCGAGUGCAAGCUGGGCGGCCACCUGCAGCCCAGCCCCCUCUUCCACUCCCACCUGGAGACCCUGCAGCUGCUGGGGGCUGCCCAGCUCCCGAAGCAGGUCACCCUCAGCUAUGGCAUCUUUGAGGGGAAACUCAACGUCAUUAAGCUCCACGGCCCCUUCUCCCCUGAGGAGGACUCCUCCAGGUUUCGCUCCCUCCAUUGUCUCCUCUACCCGGAUACUCCCUGGUGCCCACAGCUGGUGGCCCGAUGAACCCUGAACCCCCAGGCAAAGGUUGAACUGAAGCCUUUGGUUGUCCUUAGCCUCCCCGGCGGCCUUGAGGGCCCGUGGCAGUUCCUGUGUGGGCAGCAGUCCCUGGCAGGACCUCUGUGGUGGGCAGGCCCAGGAUUGGAUGUUGACUGGCGGUAAAGGCGUCCCAAGCCCCUGGGAGAUGGGCUGGACAGCCCAGGACCAGGUGUACCACGUGAGGGCCGGAGAGGCCUCAGGGGCUGGACCUCCAUGGGCCUUAGGUGGCUGAACUGAACAAGGGUAGGGGUCCUUGAGCUGCUUGGGCUCAGGAGUCCUAACUCUCCAGAGAAUUACAUGGGUCCCUUGGUGUGGUCAGAGCCCCCACCUCUGGUCCCUCAGUCACUCUCCCGGGGUCAAGUGCUGGGCCACCCACUCCUGGCUUCCUCAGCUGGAUCCCCACCCACCGAGGGGACGCAGGUGCAAGAAGGACGAAUCCAGGGUCUGUGGCAGAUACUGUUAUUGCUGACCAGUCUCCAGUCCCUGCUCCCCACCCGAUUUUGUUUGGAGCGUCAGCAUGUCCAGACCCAGAUGAUGAAUCAGAAUGGGUCCUAGCCAAUCAUGAUGGUCCUUUUGCUCACUUUCCCAGCUUCCCUUUCUGUUAGGAGCUACGACAUGACCCAGCUCUGGCCAGAGCCAGAGCUCUGUCUGUUAGUGCAAAUUAAGCAAAGCCAAUAGAGAGGCUUCUGGGGAAGGUUUUGCAGCCCCAGACCCCAUCUUCCUGCUGUGAAUGUGGGUGUGAUGUCUGGGUCUAGGGCAGCCACCUUGCUACCAUGAAGGAAAGGCCAAGACAAUCAUCCACAGCUGUCCCUUCCAACAUCUGGUUGUGUAAGCAUAUUAAACCCUUAUUUGUUUAA